AUGCAAUGUCCCCCGAGUUUCUUUCCUUUACCCCUCGUUGAUGGUAGUGAUUUGUAUUUGCCUAACAUAAGUGUUGGCGCCGGUGCUGGAAAGACCGAAGAUCUGGUAUGCGGUUAUGACAAUAGCAAUAGUGUCAUGUACAACACGGUUCCUGUCGAGCAGGUGCUGCCGUAUCCUAACUUGAUGACACCGCCGCUUCCCUCCCCCACCGAAGUUGACCUAAAACCACUAAUCACCGAAAAAUAUCACGCAUUUCCGUCCCCGCCUAUGUGCUUGAUCAACCAAUUGUGCCCAGAACAAUUCCGGGACGUCGGUUCAACGAUCCCAAACCAAACAAUCGCCGAAGUUAGGCAUCACCCAUUAUCCCCACCCACUUCUCCCCCUCAAAUCGAGACAAAAAAACCAGAGAUCAGGAAAUCCGUGGAGAGUAAAAAACCAGUUGAGGUAUCGUCUCCGCCGUCCAUCAAGGAUGAAAACAAUGAAACGGUCGAGGAAUUUAAGGAUGAAAAGAAAGACGACGAAGCUCGCACCCUCAAUCCAAAGCAAUACCCUCGUAUUCUCAAGAGAAGAAUUGCUCGUGAAAAAUUCGAAAGACGACAUGGUUUCUCCAAGAAGAGAAAGCCAUACAUUCACGAAUCUCGUCAUGCGCACGCAAUGCGUCGUCCUCGCGGACCGGCGGAGUACCCUGACUACUACCAAGGACCUAACGGUGUUUUCUUCCCAAUCCAAAAUCCAAUUCAGGAAGUGAAUUGGAAUGCCGCCGUAGAGUCUUACAAUUACGAACAAAAUUUCUAUGAACCGAGCACUGUCAACACCGUUUUACCUCUCAACAACUUUAACAAUCAACUCAACAACCCCGGGACAGCGUACGCGUCGUUGAUCCCAUCCGAUUCAUUUGGACCAUUCAUUCGCUAA